AUGGGAUUUUCAAUUGAAGCUUCAAAAUAAGUAUUAAUAGAAAUAAAAAAUAAAAUUGAAGAUGCAAUUGAGAAAGUUAUUGGUAUUGAAGAGAAAAUAUUAAAAGAAAAAUAAUAAUUGAAAGAAGUUAAAUUACCAAAAUUAAAACAAUAUUGGACUUGGGAAGAAUGCACAUUACUUAAUUCAAAUGAAAUUAAUAAAUGUUAAGCUUUUGAUGCUGAACCUCCUUAAGAUGCAUUUGAAAAAGAAGAUGUUAUUGUAAUCUAAGAAUAAAUAUCAGAAUAGUAAACUGACGUUAUAGAAGAAAAAAAUGAGAAGGCUUAGGAGGAUAACAAUGAAAAAUUUAGAAAUAUUUUCAAAACAUCAAAAUUAUCAAAUCUUAUUCAAAUUAAUCUUUAAAAACCAUUUAGAAAUUUAUUAUUUGCUCAUAAUUUUACGACUGAACAAUAAUCUUAUUUAGUUUUGAAUAGAUUUUUUAAAAAUAUCAAAUGCUUAGGUUAAUUUUUCAAAAGUGGUAGUGAAGGGAUUUAUUAAAUUUUAUUAAUAGAAAAUUCUUUUUCAUUUAUUAAAAUUAUUGAAUGAAGGAGAAAAUAGUUGAUUUAUUUAUGAAAAAUUAUAUCCAGUUUUAGCUGUAAAUUAUUUAUUUAAAAUUUUUAGUAAGCAAAAGAAGAGUUUGAAUUUAAAGACUAAAUUAUUUUACCAAUAGAUGAUAUCAUAACAAACAUAUACUUCCAAGAUGAUAAGGUUUUUAUCUAAGGUACUACAAAAGUUUAUGAAUGUUAAUUAUUUGAUGGUAAAAUAUAACGUUUAUAUCUUCAGGUGAAAAUUAUGAACCGAAAUUGUCAUUAGCCUAAAAAUAAGAAAAAGCAGUAAUUACAAAAUAAUUGGAAGAAGAUUAAAAAAAACAAUAAGUAAUUGUGCAAUAAAUUGAUAUUGUUCAAUCUUUGGUUAAUUAAAUUAAAUUUACUUGCAUAAUAAUAAAAAGAAGAAUCUUAUGUUUAAACAUUCUUUUAAUAAUUUUUGUCAAUACCUGAAUUUAAAGGUAAAUUGGUUCAAGCAGUAAAAGAUAUUAUUAAUAAUAUUUUUACUUUAUCAUAUACAGAAUAGAGAGAUUAUUGUUUCAAAAUAUAUAUAUUUAACUAAGUCUUUAUCAUAAAACCAGCAGGUUUCAUUUCAUUGCUUUCGAUGUUCAAGUAAUAUGCAUCAUUAGAUUCAAAAGAAUAUUAUCCAAAUAUUUUAAGUCAUUUAAAAUAAAUCGCAAAGUUUAUUCAUAACGUUGAUUCAUCUCAUUUCAAUAAAUUUCUUGAUGCUAACUGA